UCUACCAUCUUGAUCUGGAUUCCUGAAGGCUGGACUUGAUGACCCAAGUGACUCCUUUCCUAUGAUUCCAUCUGCAUUUUAAACCAGUCCAGCUUGCCUUGCUUGUAGCUUUGUUUUCAGAGUACAAAUUAUUCCUUAAUAUUAAAGCAAUGGGCACUGAUGUUGUGAUUGUCACUUUCUUUUCACCAUUAUCAUACCUUUGAGACUGAGCUUCAUGAUGGUAAUCAAGUGCAGCUGGCAGGUAAAUUUGUGGACUCAGUGAUACUGCCAAGUUAUAACUCCCAGCCAACAUGUUUAAUUGUUAACAUUUCUGGACAUGGUAAUUCAUGCACAUAUGGAAGGUCACCAAUGAUCUACCCUGUGAGAAAAUUGCAGUACUGUACUAAGUGCAACAAUUGAUAAGAAUAAAACCAUAUUCUCUUUCCACCACUUAAUAUACCUUUGCAGGGAUCCCUUGUGGACUCUACACUUACCAAUGUGCUGAUGGGAACUGUGUGAAGAAGCCCAACCCUCAAUGUGACUCAGUCCCUGAUUGCAAGGAUCAAUCGGAUGAAAUGCAUUGUGACUGUGGCGUGCAGGAGAUGGCAACACACAGAAUUGUUGGUGGGGCUCAUUCUGUGGAAGGGGAGUGGCCUUGGCAAGCGAGUUUGCAAGUGCGUGGGCACCACCUUUGUGGGGGGACGUUGAUUGCAGAUCGCUGGGUGAUCACCGCAGCUCACUGUUUCCAGGAAGACAGCCAUGUUUCCCCCACAGUCUGGACCGUAUACCUGGGCAAGCACUUUCUGAACGUCAGUAGCCACAAUGAGGUUUCCUUCAAAGUGAACCGCAUCUUGCAGCAUCCCUACUAUGAGGAAGACAGCCACGACUAUGACGUGGCUCUGUUGCAGCUUGACCACCCAGUCAUCUAUUCUGCUUUCAUCCAGCCCAUCUGCUUGCCUGCCAGCUCCCAUCUCUUUGAGCCUGGCCUCUUGUGUUGGGUUACAGGCUGGGGUGCAGUCAAGGAAGGAGGCCCUACAAGCAAGAUUUUGGAAAAAGUGGAUGUGCAAUUAGUUCAGCAAGACAGCUGCAGUGAAGCUUAUCACUAUCAGGUCUCUCCCAGGAUGCUUUGUGCUGGCUAUCACGAGGGCAAAAAGGACUCCUGUCAGGGAGAUUCUGGAGGACCUCUUGUCUGCCAGGAAGCCAGUGGCAAAUGGUUUCUAGCUGGUGUGGUGAGCUGGGGAAUGGGUUGUGCACGUCCCAAUAACUAUGGAGUGUAUACCAGAAUUACUAGUUUGAAGGAAUGGAUGAAACAAACUAUGUCAAACUGAGCAUGGUUCUAAAUCCCACCUUUUAUUACAAGGAAACACUAUUGAGGAGACAUCUUUAGUCCUUGUCCCACUGUUUCAAAUAGCCAAAACUGUGGAGACAUCCCACCUUACAUCUGGCUCCUGUUGCACCUGAGAUUCAAGUUCUGGUCUUUAAGGAUGUUUUAGUGUGUGAAGAAGCCUAAGGCGGCCAUUGAAGAAAGAUUGUUGAAAAUAAAUAUAAAAUUUGAGAUGCUCUUCCAAUGAAACAAUAGAGAGGUAUGGUGUCCUCCUUCAAAAGGUAUUGACUGUAGGCUGGUCCUUAUAUUAGUUUGGAUGAAAAAUCCAAGGCAUUAGGAAAAUUGGUUCUCUUUUAAUCUUAAAUGUGGAAGUAGAAAUUGGAAGUCCAUCCAGUUUUUCUUGUAUUAUUUAAAAAUCAAUUCCCAAACGGUAGUGACCACAAUACUGAGAAAUGGGAGGAGCUGUUUGUGUAAUGUUAAGCGAAGAGCAUCAGGUAAAUGUUGUGUUAUUACUUACAUGACUCAUGCCUUAUCUACGUACUGAUUAUUUGAAGAAAAUUAUGCAUGGAUUUUCCUACUGCUAAGAUGAUUGGAGUUUUCAAUGGACGUAUCUGGAAAGAAACACUCAAUGAGCAGAAAACAAAUGUAUUUCAAAGUGACAUCAUUAUCCAACAGCAGCUUCACCCCAAACUAUGGUGUGGAUGAGGUAGGAGGAGAGGCCUCUUAAUUUAAAUCUGGUAAUAAAAAUCUUUAAAAUGCCAAAUCAGAAGACUAAUUUGACUCCCUGAGACUGUUGUCCCAUGUGUUGGCAUAAUAGCCUUGCUUGCACAAAAUGGCCGACUCUUUCCUUGGCCAACUGAUCCACCAUCAUGUCCUGACUGGGCACAAUAUCUGACAGCCAUUUCCUUUAGUUCUCUGGGAAACAAGUGGGCAGCCAGAUCAAAACAAGCUGCUUCUACUUUAAGGCAUCCAGGUAGAUUGACUCCCUUUGCAAAAUUAAGAUUCUCUGCCUUGCAUGAGAUCAUUUCAUCGAUCUGGACUGAGGAGCAGAGCUCUUUUGCAGUCAGAAUGUUUACUGCAAAUUUAAAUAAGAUUUCAGGCUCCCUACAUCAUUUGACAGCAAAAGAGAAAUUCUGUCAAUAAAUGCAAAGGAUCUUGUAACCAAAUAACCUCAGCCUCAUGUUCAGCGCUAUAGCUUUGUACAGAAAUUAUAAUGAAACUAUUCUGAAAAUGAUAUAAACACACUUCAGAGGUUUCCAAUGCUAGUGUGCCUCUUGCCAAAAGAGGAGGUUUGUUGCACAGCAUAAAUUUAACUUUUUUGUUUACUUGCAAAAUUAUGGUAUAUUUGUCCUUAGCAAAAACUGUAGAACUUUUAUUUUAACAUCCUAUCAACUUGGGCAUACUCCUUACAAUGAUAUUUAUUAUGAAUGACUUUAAAUGUAGCAGGACAGUGGCAGGCUAGCAUUGUAUGGGUUGAAGCUACUGCACUCACUCUGAAGUAGAAUUAUCACCACCUCCUGAAAAAAUAGAAGAGCUGGUAAACACAAGAGGACCUUAUUAAAUUGGUAACUUGCUUGUUCCAGAAGUAUCAUCCUAUAAUACUUCCCCAUGUUUUGUUUAAGCUAGGGGUGUCAAACUCAAUUUCAUUGAG